CAGACUCCUUCGAACCCAAUGGUAAGAGAUGAGACCAGCGCGCCUCAGCCAAUCAUAAAAGAGGAGUGAGCGCGGCCCGUCUCUCUCAUUGGCUGCUGAGACUUGGGAGAGCCGAAGCGGGCGGCAUUCGCAAAUAGACUUUGCCGGACUGAGGAGCUGAAGUCUAUCUGUGGAACUGACCGGCGCUUAAUGCCAGUAUGCCAAGCCAAGUGAGAGGCAAAGAAGAAGAUGGCACCGGGGCAGAAGAUGCCACCUACCCGCCUCCAGCUCUUCUUCAGCGUCAGGCGCACGUGAAAGACUUCAGCACAUACACAGACAUGUACAACCGAUCAGUGCACAACCCACAAGAGUUCUGGUUGGAAGCGGCCUCUGAAUUCUCCUGGAAAACAUCACCUUCUGGAAAAGUUCUGGAUUAUAAUUUUGACAUAACCAAAGGCAAGAUUUUUGUGGAGUUUAUGAAAGGGGCCAAAACCAAUGUCUGUUACAAUGUCCUGGACAGGAAUGUCAUGGAGAAAAACCUGGGAGACAAGACUGCAUUUUUCUGGGAGGGCAAUUCGCCAGACAACUCUUCUGUCAUCUCAUACUGGGAUCUACUGAAACAAGUCUGCAAGUUUGCAAAUGUUUUAAUCAAAUUAGGGGUAAAGAAAGGGGACAGAGUGGCCAUUUACUUGCCAAUGAUUCCUGAAUUGGUAUAUGCCAUGUUGGCAUGUGCCCGAAUUGGAGCCGUUCACUCGAUAGUAUUUGCAGGCUUUUCCUCGGAAUCCCUGUGUGAAAGAAUUUUGGACUCUCAGUGUGUUGUUCUUAUUACUGCAGAUGGAGUCUUCCGAGGAGAAAAACCAAUUAACUUGAAACAAAUCGCAGACGAGGCACUUCAAAAAUGCAAUGAAAAAAUGCACCAUGUGAAAAACUGUGUUGUGGUGAAGCACCUCAAGGGAAGGCUGAACAAUCAAAAUGAAGGAAAAUUUCAGACAGCCUGGAAUUCAGAUGUUGACCAAUGGUUGGACGAACUGAUGGCAGAUGCCAGUGAGGAGUGUGAACCAGAAUGGCUGGAUGCUGAAGACCCACUUUUCAUCCUUUAUACAAGUGGCUCUACUGGAAAGCCAAAGGGAGUGGUGCAUACAGUUGCAGGCUACCUUCUGUACACGGCUUUAACAUUCAAAUAUGUGUUUGACUAUCAUGAGAAUGAUAUUUACUGGAGCACAGCUGACAUUGGAUGGAUUACAGGCCACUCAUAUAUAGUAUAUGGACCACUGGCCAACGGAGCUACUAGUGUGAUGUUUGAAGGCAUUCCUACCUAUCCUCAUGUGGGGAGAUUUUGGGAAAUCGUCCAGAAGUACAAAGUAACCCAGUUUUACACUGCGCCAACUGCUAUCCGAUUGCUGAUGAAAUAUGGAAAUGAAGCUGUUCAAAAGUUCGACUUAAGCUCUUUGAAGAUUCUGGGCACGGUAGGAGAACCCAUAAAUUCCGAAGCAUGGCUGUGGUAUUACAACGUUAUUGGCAAUCAGCGAUGUCCCAUUGUGGACACCUUUUGGCAAACCGAGACAGGUGGUCAUGUGGUAACUCCCUUGCCUGCUGCUACCCCUCUGAAACCUGGAUCAGCUACCUUUCCUUUUUUCGGAGUUGUCCCUGCUGUUCUGAAUGAACAUGGAAAGGAGUUAGAAGGGGAAGCUGAGGGCUACUUGGUAUUCAAGCAGCCAUGGCCAUCAAUAAUGAGAACUCUUUAUGGAAACCACGAACGCUAUGAAAAUACCUACUUCAAAAAAUUCCCUGGGUAUUACGUAGCAGGCGAUGGUUGCAGAAGGGACAAAGACGGCUACAUUUGGAUUACAGGACGGAUUGAUGACAUGCUUAAUGUUUCAGGACACCUGUUAAGCACAGCAGAGGUGGAGGCAGCCCUGACAGAGCACCCAGCAGUGGCAGAGGCUGCAGUUGUGAGCCGCCCGCACCAGGUAAAGGGAGAAUGCCUCUACUGCUUCAUCAUUUUAAAAGAUGGCAUUAAAUAUACAGAACGGAUUGCCGAAGAGGUGAAGAAGCAAGUACGUGAAAAGAUUGGACCCAUCGCAACACCAGAUUUCAUCCAGAAUGCUCCUGGAUUGCCGAAAACCAGAUCAGGAAAAAUAAUGCGACGAGUUCUCAGGCAAAUCGCUCGAAAUGAGAAGGAUUUGGGAGACAUUUCGACUCUGGCAGACCCAAGUAUUGUUGAAGUCUUGUUCAGUCAAAGAUGUGAGGCUGCAGCAUGAAGUUCUCAUAUGUGCAGAUAAACAAGGUAGCCUGGACUGGACAACAUCAUGAAUUUCAGGGAUAUUUCCCAGAUUCCUCAUUUUAAGAAAAGAUUACUUACAUACAACUACAUACCUAACCAUGCGGUUCAAUGCAAACACACUGGGAUGCCAUUGCUAGAACGUGAUACAUCAAAACAAUUGCUUGUCUUUUGAAAACCUGAGGAUUCUCAGUGCUGAAGGGAAGAGAAAGUCUUGAUAUUUUUUUUAUAAAUCGGAAACUCCUGCCAAUGAUUGUCUUUGUUAUGUUUGUUUGUUAUGUUUGUGAUUCUAAAUACCUGCUCCCAGCACUCAUCAUGGCUGCUACUUUUCUUCUCUCCUUUUCAUGCAUUUGGUCUUUCUUUUAUUGCAAGUGCAAAUCUUGCUUUAUUUUUCCCAAAAUGAGGUUAUAGGCUAAUGCCUAGAAUACUGAGAUUUCUAAUUUUGGCAACAAAAUGCUUAGAGUUGCCCCCAACAAAGGGUAUGUGGGAAGAUGGUGGCUUGUCUCUGCAUAUAUAUCCUUCUCAUGUUGCGCUUGAUAUACUAACAUGGGGUAAAAACUGUAACUCAUAGCAACUAGACAUCUGCUUUCAGCCUAACAUGAAGAGCCCCCACAACACUAUAUUGGUUGUUAUGUGUUACUGCACUAGUAUGGAAGCUUUUCCUUUACAUUGUAACAUAAGCCAAGCAAAAUUUACACAAAUGUCAAUGUGUAUUCAUAUCCCUUGAAUCCUAAAUUUAAGGUAGUGAAAUUUAUAAGGCAAUCAUUCAUCUGUAUUUGUGACUAUGAAGCACAGAUUUAAAAUCAGAGAUGUAUCUAUAUUGCCUAGAUAUAUUACGGUUUGUUGCCACAACUUACAUUUAAAAACUCUGUUAUAUCUCCUUGAAUAUUUCCUUGUUGAUUUUAAGGGUGAGUAAAGAAUGUGCAGCUCAACAGCAGGUUGUAUGUACAUUGCUACUUGUUUCUUUUAAAGUGCAAUAUUAUAAUGGAAAGUGAGUGCAGUUGCUUUGUAGGAAUGUAUACGUUGGUGUGGCUGCUGAUGAGACGGAGUAGCAUGAUGUCAUUUGGGCAGGGCAUUUGGCACAACCAAUGAGACAAUUAUGUUACUGAAACCAAUGAAUUAUGCUAAUAUGGGUUUGUUAAUUGUUAUUAUUGUCAUUGUAAAAAUGAAAUACCUCUUGCAUGCAAUACCACUUUGCCCUUGAAUAAGUGGAAAAACAGUCCUGUGAAUAGUUGCCUUGGGGGACUACAGGUAUAGAUUCCACCACUAGGAGGCAGGACACUAGAAACAAAAGACUCCUCCCUCUGCAGAUAAACCCUGUAUAAUAAACUAUAAACAGCACUGCUUCUACUGUAUACUAGUGUCCUCAAGAUGCAUAGGCCAAGCUUGCUUUUUAUACAUUACUUGAUGCCCUCUGUGUAUGCUUUUACUGUACGUAAGUCAGAAAUCCUUGGCUUUGCUGUAGGACAGGAAUAUCCAUCCUGUGGCCCACUGGGGAUACUGGGAUUUGUAGCUCAGCAACUGAGCUUUACCAGAAAACCUGCCAAACACACAUUGUCUCUUCAGUUUUCAGUUUAGUCAGGAUAUGAAGAGCACAGCUUGUGUUUAUGUACGUGAAUGUAAAACUCUAUCUUCUCUCUAUCAGCCUCCUGCAAUGAUGAUGUCACAGUAUUCUCUAGGAAUAUUCAGGCCAUUCAGUAGUAAGACUUGAGCUUAUCACAGAGAGGAGUAGCUUGUCCAUGUUCCACAGCAUCAUUGGUGGCCUGUGUAAGCCAAUUAUAUGCAGGAUAAUGCCACUGUAUUCGCCACACAAACACAAUAGUGUAAAUAAUGGUGUAAUCAUACCUUUUUAUUAAUUGUCUUGGUAUUUUCAGUCAUUCCAAAUGAUAUAGAGCUCUGGACUACAUUUUUAUAUCAUAUGUCCUAUUGGAGAUUUUUAAGGAAUUGAAUAAUUUGGUUUGUGCUUCAAAUUCUGUUCAUUGUUAAUAAAUGCAAAACACCCA